UGUGUCUGUGUGUGUAGUCCACUGCUGUACCUGCCUGCUAGCUAGAGUGUGUCUGUGUGUUUCAUACACGUUGGACUACGCCCUUGGACUUGACCUUUGGACUACCUGAGGUAGUUUACCUGGCUUUCAGCUGUUGUCGAAGCUCACCAGGUUUUUCACAGGUACCGUCUCUGACCUGCUGGAGUUCACCUGUUAGAGGGAGCUCAGCUGUGUAUCAACACGUGCCUCUCUGGUACUGGAGUUUACCUGUGUGAAGGAGUUUACCUGUGUGAAGGAGUUUACCUAGCUGACUGGAACACCUGUUGGAAUUCUGACCAACUAAUUAUUGGAGCUUCUCUCUCCUGCUGGGGUUCACUUACCUCAGAGCAGAGACCUGCAUCCUCCAGCUGUGUGUGUGUGUGUGUGUGUGUGUGUGUGUGUGUGUGUGUGUGUGUGUGUGUGUGUGUGUGUGUGUGUGUGUGUGUCAGGAUGAUGGAAGAAGUGUCUAUCAGGGUGGCAUAUGACACCCACAUCAUAGACCAGAUGACCGAGGAGGAGAUACUGGCCUGCCUGAUGGCCGAGUCUAUACCCAAACACACGGUUCCCAGUAAGAAGGCCACACCGAGAGAGAACCAGACGCAACAGGAUGACCACGUAGAUAGAUACCAGAGGGAGAACCGUCAGCUGCAGCAGGACAGUCUGCGUCUGGAGCAGGAGAAUGAUGUUCUGGCCCACAGACUGAUCACCAGCAAGAUCUCCCUGAGGACUGACCUGGACCAGGCGGAGGACAGAGUGAAUGAGCUGACCAAAGAGCUGCUGAAGACCAGAAAGAGAUUAAAGAACGCAGAGGAGGAGAAGAGAGGGAAAGAGGAGGAGGCUGCUCAGUUGAAGGAGGUGUUAAGGGCAAAGCUGGACAAGGCUGAACCAGAGGUGAAAAGGAGCUCAGGCAUCAUCUCAGACUACAAACAGAUCUGUUCCCAGCUGACCAGUCGGGUGGAGAGGCAGCAGGCGGCCCACAGAGAGGACCUGGACAAACUCAGGAAUGCUGUGCUGGCGUGUUCUCGCUGCCGACAGGCUCUAGAUUCUCCUGUUAUGGAAGGCUUCGGUUCCACAGCCCCGUACCAGAGAAGUAUCAGCACCAGAGAACCAGGCCAGCAGAGAGACCAGGAAACAGAACCAGACCAGCAGACGACUGGUACCAGGGAACAAGACCAGGAGAAGGUGUGUCUGAGUGGCCAGGUCACAGAGCUGGAGAAAGAGCUGGCCCAGACUAAACUACAGAUGGUGGAGGCCAAGUGCAAGAUCCAGGAGCUGGAACACCAGAAGGGGGUGCUGCAACGUGAUCUCCAGACAGCUAGGAACAGCUGGCUCAGUAAGACUGUGAGCUCCAUACGGUCAGCCGGAGGGGGUCUGCAGAGCAGCAGCCUACCCAGUGGGAGAGCCUCAGCAAUGGGGCGUUCUCUCCAUGGCCUCCCCCUCUCAGCCUGGAGCUCCAGGUGACUGUCAUGGGCCCCCAGGAAGGACCGGGGGGAGACGUCUGACAGAGAGAUGGAAGGGAGGGGGAGAGACAGCAAGAGGACAUACUGAGAGUAUAGAUAAUAUGUAUUGGAAUGAUUAGCCAUGUCUAUUGGUGACUGUUUGUUUCUGCAUUCUAGUCCCUAUUUUGGUUUUAUUUGUUAUUGUCAUGUUUUAUUUUCAAUAUUUUAUUAUUGAUACAGGAAUUGUAUGUUUUAUGUAUUGCUUUGGCUGCAUUGUGUUGUCCCUAAAGCGUGUGAAUAACUGAAUCCAAUGAUCAAACCAUACAUCCCAAUGCUAACACUCCUUUCUGCAUGCACACACACACACACACACCACUCUUUAAACAAAACUCCAAACUGGUAUUACUUGUAUGGCACCCAGUCCUUCAUUCAAAACCUUUCAUUGUGCAUUCAUUUUUUGAUUUGAUUUGUUACAUACAGUACAUCUCUGAUCUUGUCAAUAUCAGAUUUUCUUUUUAACUUACAGUGAAGUAAAAUCAAUAGUCAUCAUUGUAGUACAUUCAAGUAUAUAUCCAUACUUUUUAUGUUUCUACAUUUACAGACAUUUUCAUUAAAUAGUUCUCAAAAUCUGUAGCAGACAAACCAGUUCACAUGUAAAGUCAGCCAGGUCACCCGGGAUACAAGUAUUCGACGUCCAUCCUUAUCUGAGGAUCUCUGGAGAUGAUGUGGAAAUCGGCCACUAGGAGCAACGAUGAACGCUGUUGCCUUCAAGUAGGUUGUGAUUUUCAUAAGCAUCUGCCUCUGAUUCCAAAUUUUGGAAGUUUGAAUCCAGCGAUAGAAAGUUGUUUUUGACAUAGUUGUUUUAAGCCUAUCCCAAACCUUAACCCUUACCUUAACCUUAAACAUUUAGAAAUGUUCCGUUUUCAAACAACUUCGAAAUUUGAAGUUUGAGAAACAUGGACGAAUGUGUAAUUAUGACGUGAGACUGUGAGAUCUAGUUGUGUAAUGUAUAGGUUUACCAAACAUAUAAGUGAUCGUCAAUUUAGAGCAGUCUGAUUAAGUAAUAGUUAAUGGUCUUUUAACAAAAGAGAAGAGAAACAUAUCAAAAGUGAGCAUCGUAUUGUGCAUGGCAGUUAUGUUAUGUGAACAUGUAUUUCCAGAUGAAACACCGAUUCAGUUUGAUGAAAAUGUGACUGUAUGAUUUUGAUUGUGAAAUACUUGGUCAAUUGAAAAUGUGCUUAAAGUUUUG